UUUUCACACGUGUUGAUGUGAUCGUAUUCCUCGAUUUGUUUGCAAUUAUUUACUAAACAAUAAAGAAAUUAUUUCGAAAUGCCUCCGAUAAAAGCCAGCAAUGAGCAACCAAAGUCAUGGAAGAAGAUCAACGAGGAGAGGAAAGCGCUCAAAAAACAGCGUAAACAUGAAAAAUUGCUGAAGGAACUGGAGAAGACUGCAAAGUCCGAAACGGAUGCUGCGGAGUCCGCCGCCGAUAUCGCGGUUACGCCUAAACCGCAAGCUUCAACUAUUAGCAUUGCAGUUCCUGGUUCCAUACUCGAGAAUGCACAAUCGGCUGAACUACGCUCCUACGUAGCUGGUCAAAUAGCACGCGCUGCAUGCAUUUUUCGCGUCCAUGAAGUGAUUGUCUUUGAUGAUAUCGGCGUGGCUACGGCACGGCAAACAAAACGCAACUAUGACACAGAUGAUGGAGAGGGAACGGAAAACGGUGGCAAUUCGAUGUCAGCAACAGUGCGCAGUAGUUGCCUACAAUUGGCGCGCAUACUACAGUACUUGGAAUGUCCACAGUAUCUGCGAAAGUACUUCUUCCCUUUGCAUAAGGAUUUGAAAUAUUCAGGACUUUUGAAUCCAUUGGAUACGCCACACCAUUUGCGCCAGCAGAACGUUUUCCUAUAUCGCGAAGGCAUCAUUUCAGAAAAACAAGCAAAGGAUGGAUAUUCGUAUGUAAAUGCUGGUUUGCUGAAUGAUGUGCUAGUCAAUAAGGCGAUCGAACCAGGGGUGCGUGUUACUGUUAAGCUGGAAAAUGUAAAGGAUAACACUAAGAAGUUACGUGGCAAAAUCGUCAGCCCUGAUGAGCCGCGUCGCGAGACAGGUGUGUACUGGGGCUACACAGUGCGCAUUGCUCACUCGCUAGCCGAAAUUUUCACUAAAUCGCCCUACGCUGGAGGUUAUGACCUCACUGUUGGCACUUCGGAUAAUGGCACAAAUGUGCAUGAAGUGCCAAAUCGUUCAUACAAGUUCGAUCAUCUGCUUGUAGUAUUCGGUGGCCUCAAGGGACUUGAAGCGGCGUUAGCUAACGAUGACAAACUAGAUGUAGACGAUCCAUCGCUGCUAUUCGAUCAGUAUGUGAAUGUGCUACCGAGACAAGGAUCACGCACUAUACGCACGGAGGAAGCGUUACUUAUAGCUCUAGCAGCAUUACAGGAAAAAUUACAACCUAACGUGCCUGAAGUGGAAGAAAAACUUGGCGAAUAUCAACUGCCUCGCAGUGAUGACACUGGCAUACGACCAGAUGUUAUGAAAAGUAAUAAACAUAAUAAAAAACGAAAAAUAUACGAAACCGGUGGUGGAGAAGGUGAUUUAAAGGUUGAACAACAGCAGGCACCAAGGAGGAUUGAGGAAAAGCCAUCACCAAAAAAGGCGAAAAAGAGCAGAAUAAAUGAACCUUUGGAUGACAAACAAAAUGAAGUUAAAUCAAAGUUAAAAGGAAUGCAACAGUUAAAUAAUGCACAUAUGGUUGACAAUGAUAAUGACUUUGAAGUAGUGCCAGCUAGUAUUGGCGGUGGCCAGUCAGCGGCAACAUUGAAAGAUAUGGGAGAUUUAAGUCGCUUCGAUUAAUUAAGUUUCAAAAUGUUAAAUUUAGGUUUCAUGAAUUGCUUAUUUCAAAAUUUUAACGAUUUGCGUACCUUGGGAAGUAUGGUGCUGGAAAUAAGUACUAGAGCCGCUCGAAGCUUUUCUGACACCGGUCGGAAUCGUGGGAUUCUGAAGAAAUGAUUAUAACUUUUUAUUGUUAAUUACUUUUGUGUAAUUUUGCAUAUUUCGCACACCCUCUUCAAAAGAGGCACACAUCAAAAAUCAGAUCUUUUUACUCUGGAAUUCAUUAAACUACUUCAAAUAAAUAUUUUUUAAUGCAAACUUACAUACUUUACUGCUAGUAUCCACUUUAAUACAUAUAUAGGUAUAUUUGCUUAUGCAUAUGUACAUACAUAUAUGUAAUUGUCUAUACGUAUGCAUACUUAUUCAUACAUUCUUCGUAUUUUUUUUUUCAUUUGUAAGUUUAACUUACAGCGAA